AUGCAGAUAGCUAAUCUUACUGAACAAGGAUCUGAGAUAUCACAAGCUACUGUAGCUUAUAUCGCUGGUGAUAUUGAUAGUGUAAAAUUUAAUAAAGGUAUUCUUGAUACAGGAUCAAAUAUUAAUAUGCUUGAUAGUGAUUUCUUUGAUUCUCUUGGUUUUGAAAUUGAUCAAAAAGCCCGAUAUAUGAUUAAAGGUGCUGGCAUGAAAACACUUCCAAUCGGUGAGAAAAAAGGUCAUCCUAUUGUACUUGGAAUGUCUUGA